AUUACUUGUUCCUAUAUAAAGGCUUUGGUCAUGAAGAAAAAUUAUCAGUCUUCGUUUUCGUUCACUACAAUUAGAACAAUGAGAUUCUCACUUGCAAUCGUUUCUGUGCUGCUUCUCGGUUGUUACAGCGCUCAAGGUUUAAGGUGUUUCACCUGCAACGGAGCUUCGUCAAACGAGGAAUGCAACUUGAAAGGGCGUAUUGUACAAUGCCAGUCCAAUGAGGGAAGCUGUCAGAAUGAAGUUCGUUUAUCCGAGGGCCGAUACUACUCAAUCACGAAACGAUGCAAACAAACCGCUGCUUGUACCAACAAUCAAGAACAAAACCAGAAACCAGCGUGGAUACCAACACAGUGCAACCCAGCCUUUACCAACAACAGUGUGUGUCGAUGCUGCUGCACUGAAAAUGAAUGCAACGCCAGAGCGAUGCCUUGCGAUAAGGAUCCCAAAUGCCCUGCUGCUGUUCAACCACGAAACGGGAAGGUCACGUGUGACAACAUGAACUUCGGCAACAGCACCUGCACGUAUCAAUGCGACCAAGGUUACAACCUCGUUGGUGACAAAGAAGUUAAAUGUAUUGAAGAUGGUUUCGGUCUUCGUUGGGAAUCUGAGACGCCAAAAUGUGAACGUCCAACAUGUGGAAUAAGCAUACCACGUAGCCCUCCAAACGGCAAAGUAUCUUGCAGCAAUUCCAACAAACUGGGAUCAGUAUGUGCCUUCACAUGCGACCUGGGAUUCGAGAUCGUUGGAAAUUUUAGAACAAUCUGUAACAGCAACCAGAAAUGGUCGAACAGUGUCCCACUUUGCAAUCGAAUAACCUGUGACUCUGCAUCGACGAUUUUCCUCACGAAUGGCGAAGUAAGCUGCACGGAUUUCAACUUCUAUACAUCUCAAUGUAGCUACAAAUGUAAUCAAGGCUUCCGACUUAUCGGGUCUUCAACCUCCACUUGCGAACCGGACGGUAGCUGGACAAGUGCCAAGCCACAAUGCCAACAAAUUGCCUGCGACGUUCAAAAGACAGCUCUGAUUUCCAACGGACAAACCAUAUGUAGCGACAACAACGAAUACGCAUCAGUAUGCACAUACACUUGCCAACGUGGAUAUUACAGGACUGGGAUCGAGUCCAUCACCUGCCAGGAAGAUGGUUUAUGGAGCGAUAUUGAGGCACAAUGUCUACCGAUCACCUGUGAUGAAAACGCUCCUGAAAUUACCAACGGAAACGUGGUUUGCAGCAACAACAACUUCUAUGAGUCAACUUGCUUGUUUGCAUGCGAUGAAGGGUUCAAGAUGCUUAACCCAGGAAACAUGAUCUGCCAGGAUAACUUCGAAUGGUCGAAGACGUCGCCUGUCUGUGAACAAAUCGUUUGCUCGCCCCCACACGAUUCUCUGGAUAAUGGUUUCGUGGAAUGCACCAACAACGAAGUAUACGGAUCAGUCUGCACCUACUUUUGUAACCCCGGCUUCGAACUGGUUGGCAUUCCUACAGCCUCAUGCGGGGAAGAUGGUUUCUGGUCCAACCCGCCCCCAUCAUGCCAACAACUUACCUGUUCGACCAACCAAAGCCCUCCUAUCAAUGGCCAAGUCAACUGUUCGUUCGGUAACCUCGCGUUUUCUGAUUGUUUGUAUUCAUGUGGAGAUGGAAGCGAACGUUGGGAGCUGCAUGGUAGCAAUUCAACAAGCUGCAAGUUCGACACCGUCACCCAAUCUUUUGAAUGGACAGCAACCGAAGCACCAUGCUGCGCAAGAAAAUGCCCCCCUUAUGCACAAGUCGAUCUUUUCUUGGUCCUCGACUCGAGCAGCUCAGUGGGAAAAGAAAACUGGAACAAAACUGUUCAUUUUAUGAAAGAUAUUAUCGAUAACUUUGUUAUUUCUCCAAACGAUAUGUUGGUUGCCGCUGUCAGAUACAACAAAUUCAUUGAUACGGACAGUGAAAUUAUGAUCGGGCAAUACACGGACCUCGAAUCAACAACUAACGCCAUCGUAAACAUGCCUUACGAUGGAUCGGGAACACUCACUGGAAACGCUCUAUAUUACGUCCUUCGUAACAUGCUCACUGCACCUGGCAACCGUCCCGAUGUACAAGACCUUGUUCUUGUGGUAACAGAUGGGAUAUCCAAAGAUGACGUAGCUACACCUGCUACCAUGCUAAGGGCUACUGGAACAAAUGUGGUUGCUCUUGGAAUUGUAAACCAGAAGGGCAGUUUAAAGAAGGAAGAUAUCAUUGACAUUGCCAACGAUCCAGAAAAGACGGUUCUCCUGGAUACUGGCUUCGAAGGCCUUUCCACGGAUCUGGUUGACGUCAUUUUAAAGCAAGUCUGCGGAAACCCUUGCGAGCGUCAGAAUCAAUACUCUGGUAUUGCAUUCUAAAGUGGAGCAUCGUCGCAAUUCAAAACGUGCCAAAUUUCUAUCAUCAUUGUACAUAUAUACAACACGUCGUGUAAAAUGAAUUUAAUAACUCAUUUUUUUUUGCUGUAACCCCGAUUUUACCUAUCUAAACUCUGUUAACGAACGUCGUGAUAAAAAAAGUUGUUUUGGUGAUUAUAAUAAAGGUGAAAACAAACAUA